GAAAAGAUUACUAAACUUAAAAAACUACUUUCCAGUGUCCCUCUGAUAGACUAUUAACUGACUUGAAACCUAGGGCCAAAAACUGCACUUGGAUUUACCAAAACAACUCUUUGGAGACAGCAGGUCAAGUCUUGUCCGAAAAACGGCAGUUCAGUGACCCAGUUCUUAACAAAAUGCUGGAUGUGUGUUAGCUAAGAUUCAUCCUGAGAUCAGAUUCACGAAUGCGGUGCUGAUAAUUAAGAACCAUAAUGACAGAUGUAAGAGAUGGACUACAAUCAGGGGAAGAUGUGGCAGAUGCAAAAUCUCUUCUUGGUUCCAAAGGAAGGAGCCUGCCUGUUAGCAAAUCCAUGGACUCUGAAAUGCUGCCAGACUACAGUUACAGAAUGGACUACCCAGAGAUGGGAGAAUGUGUAAUAAUAAACAACAAGAACUUCCAUCGAGCAACUGGAAUGUUACCUCGUUCAGGUACAGAUGCAGAUGCCGCAAGUGUCAGAGAAGUUUUUAUGAAGUUAGGAUAUAAAAUCAAGCUUAACAAUGAUCUUUCAUGCAGUGACAUCUUUAAACUACUGAAAAACACUUCUGAAGAAGAUCACAGCAAGAGAAGCAGUUUUGUUUGUGUAUUGCUAAGCCAUGGUGAAGAAGGACUCAUCUAUGGUACAGAUGGCCCUCUUGAACUGAAAGCACUAACAAGCCUUUUCAGAGGUGACAGGUGCAGGAGUUUGGCAGGAAAACCCAAACUCUUCUUCAUUCAGGCUUGUAGAGGGACAGAAUUAGAUUCUGGUAUUGAGACAGACAGUGGAUCAGAUGAACCAAUGUGUCAAAAAAUACCCGUGGAAGCAGACUUUCUAUAUGCAUAUUCUACUGCUCCAGGCUAUUACUCCUGGAGAAAUGCAGCUGAAGGCUCCUGGUUUAUUCAGUCACUAUGUAGAAUGUUGAAGGAACAUGCAAGGAAACUUGAACUCAUGCAGAUUCUAACUCGAGUAAAUCGCACAGUGGCAGAAUAUGAAUCCUGUUCAACUCGGCAGGAUUUUAAUGCAAAGAAACAGAUUCCGUGCAUUGUUUCUAUGCUCACCAAAGAAUUUUACUUCCCUUGCUAAAAAAAAAAAAUUGCACUUUGUGAUUUUUUUUUUCAAUUCAUGUUUUUAUCUGUAAUUUAUACACAAUGUUAGUAUGGAAUACCACUUUUAAAUUGGAGUUACUGUUCACUACUGUGUGUAGCAUAGAUGAGCUAUCUCAAAGUUAGAUGUGUCCAUUAUUAGAAAUAUAGCUGGCUGUGUCAGAAAUGCAAACUUGAGUAGUUGAAGCACUGGCAAAUUUGAAAGUAAUGCUCUGAGUAUCUAGAAAAAUUAGGAAGAAAAGACCGAAGAAAGGUAAAAUUACGUAUCAAUUCUGAUCGGUGCUAUGUUUCACUUUGCUGAAGGGCCAGAGAGAAGAAACAGUUUUUGUAAAUAGUUUGGUUUCAUAUCUUGGCAAUAGGGAAAAGAUCAAGGAAUAUGGUAUGUACUCACCAGUUAUGGUAAUGUGAUAGUAGUGUCAUCACAUCACAUUUCUUAAAAAAAACUCAUGUUUUUAAAGUUUAGGUCAUAAACUAACCUAAGCUUUUUUUAUAACUUAGAUUAUAAACUGUGGAAAAAUGGCAACUUUGUUUUUUACGUAUAAUUAGGCAGCAUACUUGGAGUGAAGACAAUUUUGACUUGAUUAUUUUGUAAUUUUUUCUAUGAGGUAUCAGGUAAAACAAUUUUAUCAACACAAUGUCUAUUUCAAAAUAGAUUUUCUAUUGACUUUGAAACUGAGUGACUAAGGGACCAGUCUUCCAAAACGCCUUUUUUGACGGCUCUUUAGGAGAGGAUGCUUAGUUGUGUUUGGGAAUAAUUUAGGCCUCAAAAUUCAAUGCAAAAAGACUACGUUCUGAAUAGCCUGCUUUCCUUUUUCUGGCCGUAAAUUAGAGAUCUUCUGGGAUCUACUUUGUGUUAUGUACAUACCACUUUUAAUCUGUGUGAAAAUUUAAAUUUGUGGUAUUGGAGAGAUUUCAAUUCCUUUGUUAAAUAUCGAAUGGGACAACUACUCAUGUCUUUUAUGAGACUUUAGCUAAAGUGUAUUAACAACAGUAAAUUUAAAUCUUUUAAGUUUGACUCUGAGUUUUGUGAAACGCUUCGUCUGGGACUAGUAUUAAAGACGUGGAAUAGGCUUUUACAAAAUUGUGAAACACUUGUAUUUAUGUUUCAGCUUGUUACAGUCUUUUGAUAAAGAGAAAAGGACAAGUCAGAAUGGUAAGUGACUAUAUAGGGUGCUUGCAAACAAGGCUUAAAACUCUUGAAAUUUUGUAGCAUAAGUAAUGUUAGCAAAUUGAUGUUCUCUUCCAGAGGCAUUUGGAUUUUUUUAACUUGAAUAUUGUUACCUAAAUUGUAUAAUGUGUUUCUAUAUGUAUUGUUUAAGACCUGAUAGCUUUUUUGCAAAUUGA